UUGCUUUUGACAUAAAUGAAAACGUAACAUUUUGUCACAUUCACGAGGUUGUGGAUAAUAACAUGUUCAACUACUUCAUACAUUGACUCGAAUCUAGUUUGUGCUUUUAGAUUUAGAGAAAAUGAACAACUACUGAAGAAGUUUUCAAUUCUCUCAUUGACUUCUGAAACCCCAAACCCAGGCCUGGUCCGUUUGAUCUGUUUCUCUUGCGUUCCCGGAAAACCCGUGAUGCUGCGCCUCUGUAGAAACUGUGUGGACAGACCGUAGCUAGCUUACAGUUGAUGAACGAAUUUAGCUACAAUGGGUAUUCUGUCUUCUAGUUUGCCAGCUAGGUGUUGCUGACCUCCUAUGGAAGUGGACCUCCUCCCUCCAGAAGCGCCAUGCGUGGGUAUCACUCCAAGCUGGACUCAUCCUCCUCUGCUGGUGGUACGGGUGGCUCCAUGCCCCUGAGCCUGGCCGUGGAGACAGAGAAAGCCCAAGCCUUGCUCCAAACCUUCUCCUCUGCCUCUCUACUGGCCAGCACGGCGCUGGGGGCCUUCUGUGUGCUGUCUGACCACGUCAUGCAGCUGACCCUACUCCAACAGCACCUGUGGCUGCGGGCUGUGCUGGACAACACCGCCCAUGGUCUGAUAGGCCUCUGGUCCUGGGCUAUCGUCAUUGGCCUCAAGAAGAAGAGUGACUUCUAUGAAGUUAUCUUAGCAGGGAUACUGGCCUCUGUUAUAGACCUGGACCACUUCUAUAUGGCUGGCUCUCUGUCGCUCAAAGCAGCCACCAGCCUGCCCCACCGCCCCCCCCUCCACUGCUCCUCUCUAAUCCCUGUCCUCUGCUUCUCUCUGAGGCUGGUGCUGUGGCUGGGCAGGCUAAAGGACUCGUGGUGCUCUCUACCCUGGCUGUUGUUUAUCUCCCUGGCAUCACACCACAUCCGAGACGGGGUCCGCCACGGCCUGUGGGUGUGUCCGUUCGGCAACACGGCCCCCAUCUCCUAUUGGCUGUAUGUGAGCAUCACAGCCACCCUGCCACACCUGUGCUCUGUGCUCAUGUACCUGACAGGAACUAGAGACGUGAUCUCUACCAAGCACGGCAUCGCCAUCGACAUCUGAUGGAAGGGCCAACACCACGCCUCCCUAAUAGCACCCUAUUCCCUAUAUAGUGCACUACUUUA